AUAAAGCGCUUUAAAUUUUUCAAACUCUAAAUGUCAAAUCGUUUCAAAGGCGACCCUUCGAAUGCCUCGCAAUGGACAUAUAUGCAGGAGAGGAAUUUCCUUCUUCGGUGCGCUGAAUUGAUGAAAAUGUCGAGUCAACGUUUGCUGAAGCAGGCCAAAACCAAGUCCCACAUAGGUGGUUUAAAUGGCCAGCCGAACCGCUCAGCGGUGGGUAAAACAUUGUCCUGCGAGAAGCAAAAUGAGCCCACAUUAAACCAAAAUCUAAAUUCACAAAGUAUACUGACCCCAAAAAAGUUUCUACCAAAGCAGAUUUUCUCAACUAUAAGACAUGUGUCUGAAGGACAGGUGAAUCAUAUGAGUCAGCUAGCUAAACCCAAAAAUGUCUUUACACAUUCAAAAAAUUCUGAAAUGCAAAAUGUGGUCAUUGCUCUGUCGUCUCGUUUAGAAAAACUAUCACAAUGCAAAAGUCAAUCUAAAGAGAAUCCUUUGAGGACUAAGUUUCAGCCCAGCGUACAAUUUUUGAAUUCAGUCAAUACUAAAACCAAUUCAUCGACAGUGGCAGAUCCUUUUAAAGUAUCCCUAAGUGCCCUUAGCUUUAAAGCUUCUGAGCGCAUUAAAUAUUUGGCGAAACCCAAAAUUACAAAUUUUCAACAUGAAAGUCAAAAUGUUCGACGUCCGCAAGCAUCUAAAGCCACCUUACGACGCAUUGAGGAGCUAGCCAAACCAAAGAUUUACAUAAAUAACAUGGAUUCCAGGUUGCCCAAAGAUCCUUCAAAACAAUUUAAGGCAUCACCGCGAUUGAGGCGAUUGGCAUUACCAAAAUAUUAUAAUUAUAAAAUAGAGACCCAACAGGGGCUUAAUGACAGAUUUUAGUGGUCUGGAACUGGGAAUCCCAGUAUUAGACCACUGUAAUCUGUCAUUAGACUUCGAUGGCUUCAAUUGUACACAAGAUUUCCAUUUUAAUAAUAUAGCAUAACAAAAUAAACCAAAUAGAACAAUGCA